AAGGACCCGUAGAAAAUGGAAAAAAAAAAGGGAUUUGUGUUGGAGGAACCCGGAGAGUCGGAUCCCCCGACCCGAAACAGAGAUUACCCCCUAUAUCCCCCGCCCUAUUUCCCUGUAGCUGGAACCCUAAUCAGACAGAAAUUUAGGGAAAUUGAUAGGAAUAGGCAGAAGAAAAUGACUAUAUCACUGUCGAAAAUCGGGAAAGUGUUACCUUUCUCCAGGCUCUUUAGGCAACUGGAGCUGGAUAUGGAAACUGUAGUUAAGGUACUACAACCUGGUCCACUGGGCAUUGUGGAACAUAAAUUUUCUGCUGAGGAAAUACAGAAAGCCAGUGAUACUGUUAAGCAGGCAGUGAGUAAUUGGCGAAGGCAUGCUAACACUGAGAAACAUAGCCCGAUCAUGAAAGAUUUUAUCGAUGCAUGAGAGGCUUGUUUCUUUGUUUUCUAUCAAUCAUAUCAUGAAAAGACAAUAAUGUGUGUUUAUAAGCUCAAUAGAAAUAAGCUAUAGUUAUGCUUAUGACUAAAGCACCGGUUGUUCUAUUUGCCAUUCCAUUGCCAUUGCAAUAUGAACUGUUUUAUUUUUGUUGCCA